AUGGCCGACAACAUCUACGACGAGAUAGAAAUCGAAGACAUGACCUACGACCCGAUAACACAAUUAUACACCUACCCAUGCCCCUGCGGCGAUAAAUUCGAAAUCAACAUUGACGACUUGAGGGACGGCGAGGAUAUCGCCGUGUGUCCGUCUUGUUCGCUGAUGAUCAGAGUUAUUUUCGACCUUGAGGACUUGGAGAAAGAUGGGGAUGCUGGUGGAGUGCAGGCGGUGGGUGUGGUUGCUUGA